AUGUCAGGGUGGAACAAUGGCACCUACAAUGAGUCCUACACCAGCUUCCUCCUGGUGGGCUUCCCAGGGAUGCGGGAAGCCAGAGCCCUCCUGGUGCUGCCCUUCCUCAGCCUCUACCUGGUGAUCCUCGUCACCAAUGCCCUGGUCAUCCACACGGUGGCAUCCCAGCGGAGCCUGCACCAGCCCAUGUACCUGCUCAUUGCCCUGCUCCUGGCUGUCAACAUCUGUGCUGCCACCACUGUGCUGCCUGCCAUGCUGUUCAGCUUCUCUACGCGCUUCAACCGCAUCUCCCUCCCUCGGUGCCUGGGACAGAUGUUCUGCAUCUACUUUCUCAUUGUCUUUGACUGCAACAUCCUGCUGGUCAUGGCCCUGGAUCGCUAUGUGGCUAUCUGCUACCCUCUGCGCUACCCAGAGAUAGUGACAGGACAGCUACUGGCUGGCCUGGUGGGGUUGGCAGCCACCAGGAGCACGGGCAUCGUGGCUCCAGUGGUGGUGCUGGCCUCCCGAGUCCGCUUCUGCCGCUCAGAGGUGAUCCACCACUUUGCCUGUGAGCACAUGGCCCUCAUGAAGCUCUCCUGUGGGGACAUCUCACUGAAUAAGACUGUGGGACUCACUGUUCGAGUCUUCAACAGAGUCCUGGAUAUGCUUCUGCUGGGAGCCUCCUACACCCGAAUCAUCCAUGCUGCCUUCAAGAUCUCAUCAGGUGGAGCUCGGGCCAAGGCCCUGAACACCUGUGGCUCCCACCUGCUGGUCAUCUUCACUGUCUACUCCUCCACCAUGUCCUCAUCCAUCGUCUACCGUGUGGCCCGCACUGCCUCUCAAGACGUGCACAACCUGCUGAGUGCUUUCUACCUGUUGCUCCCAUGUCUGGUCAACCCCAUCAUCUAUGGGGCCAGGACCAAGGAAAUCAGGCAGCACCUGGUAACUCUGCUCCAAAGGACUCAGCAACAGGUCUCCACUGAGAAGUCCCAGUCCCUGCCCUCACAUAGAGAGCUUCCAGGCUGAUUGUCCAGGAUUUGUGGGUCCCAAAAUCACUCUCACUAUUUCGUGAAGGAGGGGCAUUCCUGUGAGUCAUCUCUGGUAUAUUUUGUCAUGGCUAUACUCAUGAUCUUUUCGUAACAAGGUUCUAUUCUAUAGCCUCAGCUGUCUAGAACUCCUUAAGUAGGCCAGGCUGACCUGGAACUCAAGCAAUUCUCCUUUCUUCCCUUGCCAAAUGCCAGCGUUAGAGGCAUGAGCCACAGUGCCCAUCUU